AUGUCCGACUCCGGGGAUGUUCAGGCCGUUCAGCUGCCUAAGGAGAUUGCUCACCUCGACAACCAGCCCGUUCUCCUCUUCGGCAAGUGGAGCUACGAGGAUGUCGAGAUCCGCGACAUCUCCCUGACCGACUACAUUCAGAUCCGCCAGCCGGUCUACACCUCCCACUCCGCCGGCCGCUAUGCCGCCAAGCGUUUCCGCAAGGCCCAGUGCCCCAUCAUUGAGCGCCUGACCAACUCCAUCAUGAUGAACGGUCGCAACAACGGAAAGAAGGCCAUGGCUGUCCGCAUUGUCGCCCACGCUUUCGAGAUCAUCAACAUCACCACCGACUCCAACCCCAUCCAGAUCGCUGUUGAUGCCAUCGUCAACUGCGGUGCCCGUGAGGACUCCACCCGCAUUGGUUCCGCCGGUACCGUCCGUCGCCAGGCCGUCGAUGUUUCUCCCCUCCGCCGUGUCAACACCGCAAUUGCUCUGAUCACCAUUGGUGCCCGUGAGAGCUCCUUCCGCUCCGUGAAGUCCAUCUCUGAGUGCCUUGCUGAGGAGCUCGUCAACGCCGCCAAGGGCAGCAGCAACUCCUACGCCAUCAAGAAGAAGGACGAGCUGGAGCGUGUUGCCAAGUCUAACCGGUAA